AUGUUCGCUAGAAACAUCAUCAGUGGUGCGACACCAAUCUCGCGUUCAGCAAUUCUUCUACCUAAAGGUUCAAAGCACGCGAGGCCGCCAAUCCGUGGCACCCUGGCUUCGAUUUCUAUAUCUAGAGAAUAUCAUAAUGAUGUAACUUCAGAGUCCAGUCCGAAAGUGCCUACGGAGGAGAAGAUAGCAGUGAAAGAUGCAGAGGGGCAAAAGAUUGAGAGAUCAACUGAAGUGGCGGGAAAGGAGGUAGAUGGAAACUAUGGAGAGAAAGCCGAGAAGAAGAGAAAGACAAUUACGGAAAUGGAUGAAGAGUUGAGGGCAAAGAUGGAAGGAAGAGAGGGUGCAGCUGGGGUUUCAUAUGAAGGAGGAAAGCCGGUGACUGAUGGAUUUGGCAGGGGAGUGAAGAGCAAUAUGUUCAGGGUUAUUUAA